GAAAACACAGAAAUUUCUAGCAUCUAGCAGAAUUGGCAUUCUGGCAGAUUGUUGGUCAAUUUUUAGAAUAAUUACGAAGGUGUUCGAUUGCGUCUGCUUCAUUGAGUUAGAUAUUAUUUUAAAAUAUAUAUUUGUUAUUACUGUAAUCUGUACUAAUAUUGUAAAUUUUGAAAAUUUUUUAAUUGAAGAAGUUGAUUUUACUUAAAUUCUUUGGUAGUGUUUAAAAUUUGCAUUAUGUUGCGAGGUUUUGAUGACGAUCCUUUCUUCAGUGGACCAAUGGAAUCCAUGAGAAGAAUGGAAUCUAUGAUGGAUAAUAUGAUGUCCCCAUUUGGUUUAUUUGGAAGACACAGAGGUUUUGAUCCUCAUGGACAACAGCUGAAUAGGAGUUCUUCUCAUAAUAGCAUGUUAAUGCCAUUUGGAUUUGGUGGUAGUCUAUUUCCUAAUAUGGACGAUAUGUUUGCUGGCUUUAACCAAAUGACCAAUCCCAAUUGUCAUAGUUUUUCUUCUUCCUCUGUGAUGACCUACACUACAGAUGAAACUGGUCGUCCUCAAGUUUAUCAAGCAUCUGCAUCUACUAGAAUGGCUCCAGGGGGAGUUAAAGAAACAAUGCGCUCAGUUCAAGAUAGCCGAACUGGAUUACAAGAAAUGGCUAUUGGACAUCACCUUCAUGAGAGAGGUCAUGUAGUAGAAAAAAAGAAAAAUAGAUACACAGGCGAUGAAGAAGAAAACCAUGAAUUUAUUAACUUAGAGGAUGAUGAUGCUGACCAGUUCAAUCAAGAGUGGCAACAAAGAGCGCAAACUUUUAACCCUCAGCCUAUGCGACCAAUGAUCGGUUAUAAUUCUCAUCGUAGGACGCAUAGCCCAGAGCCUGAAGUUCUUGCGAUUACUGAUGGAUCAAGCACUGAACAGCCACAGCAACCUAUUAAGAAGAAAAGCAAUAAGCACAAACGCAAGCAUGGACUUGGUGGUGGUCAUAAAUCUUCCAACUCUCAUGCAAGGUCUUCACCUUACCAGUGAACCAUUUUAACCAGUGACUCAUUAUGUGUUUGGCACACAUGUUAGAUAUGUAUUAUUUCAGUAGAAAUUCAUUAAGCUAUUAGAUGGUUUAAUAUAUUAUCUGUACUAGAUAUGUGUUAUUCACUUGGCCUUUUGUGUUGUUAAAUCCGUGUUAUUUUUAUGUUCUUUUUUCAGACUUCAGAAAAUUGUAUAUUCCGCUAACAAAAUAAAAUUUUCUGUUAAUUGUU